AGUCAAAUGUUUCAAUUCUUUUGAUGUGUUGAUCAGUUAUCGUAUGAUGAUACAUGAAAAAGAACAUCGAAGGAACUUUUUAUUUUUACCACUAGAUGGCAAUAUUAAAACGUAUAUAAAAAGGUUUUUUCAUUGAAAAAGCAAUAAAAAGAAAAACAGUGCUAAAAGUAAUAUUUUUCUAUUAAUAUUUAUAAUAAGGAAAUAUAUGUUCAAAAAUUAUGGCUAAGAGAAAAAGUAUCAAUAAACGCACGUCUAGAUACAGUCAUCGAUCUAGCGCAGGAUCUGGCUUUCUGGAUCCGAAUUCAGAAAUACUUGAAGAGGAAGAACCUUUUUGGUGGAAUAACUUGACAAACAAUGUUAAUUCGCACUUGACGAAAUACAAUGCAAUAAAUGAAACAAGUAAAUAUUUAGAUUCUGAUUCACAAAUGCAAUCAUCUAAUACAAAUUAUGAAUGGUGGAAAAUGUUAGAAUCAUCAGAUUCUGAAGUUACAGAUGAUUUACUAAAACGAGAAACAGUUCCAUUGAAAAACAUGAUUACAUCUGAUACGGAUGAAAAUGAAAAUGAUGUACCAUUGCAAAAAAGAAAAAUUAAAAUACGUAGUAAAUCAAAAAGAAGUAAAAGUAAUGCCUUUUUAAAAGCUUUAAACGAUUCGAAAAAUUCGGAAUCUUCUAUAUCAGAGAAAAUAAAUUCUACUACAAAGCCUACAAAUAAUGAAUCCACUAGUAAAAAAUCACUACAAAAAUCGGAUUCUGCACAGAAACAUAUGAAUAAAGAGAGUAAUGAUAGUACUGUAACUAGUAUUGAUCAAAGUCACACCACAGACAAAAUCUUAAAAUCAAAACCAAAUGUUUUUAGAAAAAGAUAUAAAGAAAAAAGUGAAAAUGCAUUUGAAAAUCUACUUAAAUCAAGUGAAGAUUUACAUAAUAAAACAGGAAGAACUGAAUUAAUAUCUAAAAGUUCCUUUGCUAAAUCAAUCGAAAAAGAUUACACAUCAAAAGAAAUUGUUUCUGACACAUCAACGAAAAAAAAUGGAUUAGAAACAUCUUCAAAAACAAUUCCAUUCGAAAAUGCUAUCAUAAAUUCAGUAACUUCAAAACACGAUGAUAAUCUCAUUUAUUUGAAUCGUAGUGAUUCAAGCUUUAGUCUUUUAAAUAGUACUAAUGAAAAUAUUCAUUUAGAAUUUCAAUCUAAUAACACGCAUGAAACUUUACCUAAAAAUGUAUCUACAAAUGCCUCUAUAAAGCAAAAAGAAUCUUCUGUAAUGGAAAAAGAUACAAAUUUAACUAUGUAUGCUAGCACUUCCUCUAAAAAAGUUAAUGAUUCUAUUACAAAUAAUGAAAAAAUUGAAAAUCACGAAACUAUCAAUAACAAAGAAACAACGUUAGCAAAUGUAAGACAUGUAGAUACUCCAAAUAAGAGUGGAAUGGAGAAUAGUAUCAAUCAAGAGAUAAAUAAUUCUAAUAUAAAAAAAACAAUUCACGCCUCAGAACAUGAAAAUAUGGAUAAAAGAAAUUCGAUAACCACAAUUAAUAAUGAAAAUAAUGAAUUUCAAGCAUCUACCAGCAUAGCAUCAAAAAAUUCAAUGAAUUUACCUACUUCUAAAUCUAGAGAAAUCAAUGAUUUUGAAAAUAAAAGAAUUUCGUUUAAAAUAUCGUCCGAGCCAAACAAUAUAAACAAUAGCAUAUAUAGUAGAAAUUUCACAGAUCAUAAUUCAAUUAAUAUGGAACAUACUGCAAUAGAUGCUUUUCCAGGAAAUCAAAUACAUGCAAUAAAUAGUGGUAAUGAUUCAGUACAUACAGCAAAUGUAAUAACGGAUGCAAGUGAAAGUACAACAUUAAAAAAGAUGUCUAGAUCUAAGAAUACAAGUAUUCAUAAUAUUUCUGAGUCAAAUGAAGAAAAUGUUUUAAAAAAUAACAACAAAAUACAAACAAAAGAUUCAUAUAUGAAAGCACUUAGUUUAAAUAAAACCACAAUAGAUGCUGUUACUGGUAAUAAUAAACAAAAUGAUAAUGAACAUUAUGUAGAUCAACGUAAUCAUGAAAUAUCAGAUUCAAUUAAUACUGGUCAGCAGAAAAAAAUUAGUGAAUACUUUACAGUUACAAAUUCCAAGUUGAUUUCUCCAACCAAAGCGAAACAAUCAAAACAUUCUCUAUUUUUGAGUAAUACCAAAGAAGACGAAGAAAUCAAGGCAAGAUUGAAUAAAAAGCAGAAAACAAUUAUUAAUAAAGCAAUUAAUGUGCAUCUUACCAAAACAAAGACCCCACAAUUAAAGAAAAAGCAAAUAAUAGAAAAAAUAGAAAAACUCAGAAUGGGAGAAACACAAACACACUCGGCAAAAGAUAAAGUUAAUAAAGCUUAUAUAGUAAAUGGAGAAAUAUAUAAAAGACCGAAACUUCCACGUCCAAAAUAUUGGGUUACCGAUCGUCUUUAUCGUUUUCUUUGGAAAAUAAUGGAACCAAAAUGCAAAUUAUUAACAAGAGUGCAGUCUGAAAAAUUUGUGCAAGAACUAUCUAACAUCGUAUCCGUUAUUACAAAGGCUAAGAAAUACAAAAACUACGAAACUAUUUUGAAUACUUUAAUGAAAAAAAUGGCAAAUUUAGGUAUCAUUCGUACACGUAAUGAUUUUUAUAAUUUUUGUUAUGAUUUUCUUCCUUAUGAGUUCCGCAUUAAAGUAGUGCCCAUGAUACUUCCUGGUAAUGUUAGAAAUAUACCAUAUGAUCCAGAAACGUUAAAUAAAUCAUUACUCGAGGAAUAAAUUAUUUUAUUAUUAUUAUAUUAAGAAUAAUUCUAAUUACAUAAUAUGAUUUGUAUGACAUAUUGUAUUAUUCUAUAUUGCAAAUUUCUAAGCAUUGUUAUUUAGUUGUUAUAUCUUUAACAUUCAUUUUUCUUAUACGUUUAUAGUGGUUAAGUAAUUUUGUGAUUAAUAAAGUAUUCAAUUG